AUGCUGGCAUACGGUUAUAACGCCCGCCGCUCCACCCACGUUAGCAUCGUCUGCCCGGACCACGCCCGAGACGUCAUCAAGUCUUGGGCCGUAGCUACCAGCGACGUCAAUGGAUAUGUCUGGAAGGUGACGAUUGAAUCCAUCGCCCACGACGACAACUUUGAGACACUAUUGACUGUGAGUUUGGGCUUUGGCGAUGCCGGAGUUCUGAUGAAUAUAUUUACGAUGCCGGCACUUGUAAAUCAAAUUGCGGUUGCGUAUCUGCUUGGUGAGCGUGCCGCAAGAGAGAUGUGUCCGAACAACUUAGCAGGCGAUUUGAUCUGGCUAUUGGAGAAAAUCUGUAAGGAUGACCAGCCGGAGCAGCAGCUCACAACACGGAACGUCCCUGCGGCAAGGAAUACAACAUUCUGGAUCGACUUCACCACUGCGUAUCCCGAGCUCCCUGGGCUGUUUUACGCCGCUGGUUUUCUGUAG